AUGGUACAUUAUAUUUGCGUCGCGGUAGCCUGUGUGUCACGCGGCGGUUCGCUGCGGCGCCAGCGUCUCGCUCAUCAGCCGUGGAACCUUCGGACUGUCGCCCCGACGCGUCAGGCGGGAUCGGACGAUGCGACCGAGGCCGCGGAGCGCGCGCCUGCGCCGACGCCGGAGGUGAAGAAGCAGGCGUCCUCCGUCGCGCUGUCCAAGCAGGAGAUCGCGGACGACUUCACGGCAAUCCGUGGGACACGGCCCCCGCGCUGGCCCAAGAAGCGACCUCGCAUGGUGCAGCAGCAGCUCGACUUGUUGUACCUAGGAUUGUGGUUAGCAGAUGUGGCGCCUGGCUCCUACAAGAUCGAGGAGGAAACUAUUAUUGUCAAAGCUCUAAAACUUAAUGAUGUUGAAGAAGGCUGCUAG